AGUAAAGUAUGCGUAGAGUUUCCACUGUGGCAAAAAAUAUGCAAGUGUUUGGGUUACAACUGUGCGUUCUGGUUCUGUUGAUUUCGUCGAAUAUAAUUCGAGCUGCGCCGGCGAAAACCAAAAAAUGCCAGUGCAAGGGCCUUGUUAUCUCACCUUCUGAGCAAUCUUGCUUGUUGGGCCAUAUGCUCGAGAUAAUAACGCACUUGAUUAGUAAUCAGAAAGAUCCGGUUUGUCCAAAAGUAAAUAUACCUAAACACAUUAAAGUCUCACAUGGAUCAAGUGAGAGUGAUUCUGAUAGUACAAGCAACGAAUCUAUUCCUGAACUUCCUGAUAGAUCAGAAGAAUGCAAUGAAAACAACUCGUUUGAUGCUUCAUCGCUAGAACAGUCCCACGAACAUUCUUCUGGCGAAGUAAACCAUGACGAUGCAGAACCUGAAAAAUGUUCUUCAGAACAUGAAGAAGAAGAGGACAAACUAAGAUCAAUUCAUUCGUCAUCGUCAUCGGAAGAAUCCGAAGAAAAAAAGCAAGACGAAGUAAAAGACUGCCAUAAUACAAGGGAGGAGACAGAAGAAGAAAUAGAUUCAUCCCAAGAGUCUUCCUCUGAGUCACAUGCAUUAUCGGCAGAAUCUGAUGAUGAAGUAAAGGACGACGUCUCCCAUAAUACGGAGGAGGAAUCUGAUCAAGAACUAGAUUCAUCAGAAGAUGGAAAGGACAAACCGCAAGCAGAUAAAUCGACAGAAUUUGAUGAACGAAAGAAUGGUAAAAACGAUAAAACGUUGGAGUCUGAAGAAAACGACGACAAAAACAGUGCCUCAGAAAAUUCAGCAGACCGAGGAGAUUCUGAGCAAGAAGAAGAGUCACUUGAAGAGAAGAAACCAAUCGGCUCGCCUAAAUUACCAUCAUUAAAUUCCGACGAAGAUGGAAAUUCCAGUUCGUCGUCUUCAGAGUUUGGAGAACUUUAUGGAAACAACGACAGUGGGGUUUUAGAACACGAUGCAAAACAUGUGGGUAAAAGCAAUCAAUCUUCUUCUUCAAACGAAAGUGCCGAUAAAUCAUCAAGCGAAUCUUCCGCGACAGAAGAGGAUAGAAAAAAUCAGGAUGAUGGGAAAAGCAGUUACCUUAGUUCUUCGAACCUGAGAAAGAAAGUGGAAGAUAAUAAACCAACUUGUCCUCCUCUUCCAGUUACAUUAGAACCCAAAUCUUCUUCUUCUGAAGAAGAAAAUAGUGAGGACUGCAGUUGCAUACGCCACUUUGAACAACUAGAUGGAGUGGACACAUUAUUUAUACCAGUAUUAAAAGCUAAGAAAGGAGUGCCGUUGUUGACAACAAAGGAACUGCAAUCUCUUCUGAGAAAGAUGUUUAAGUGUGGCCAUAAAACCCAUGAUAAUUAG